UUUACCAGGGGAACCAGCUCCUAACAAGAGCGAUCAAUCACUAACCAAGGAGAACCGCUCCACUGAGGGAGGACAUCUGAGAUUUACAGCGAGCUGCGGCUGCAGGCUUGGAAACCAUCUCGCUGCCACCCCAGACUUGUCAGGCGUUAGGACCCAAAGAAAGGCUGCUGCAGCCGGUGUCAAGCAGAGCGCUGGGCAGUGGGCAAAGGCAUAAAAGAUCCAAUGGCUGGAAGUUUAAAGAUAGAAAAAUUUUCAACAGUGAAGGAUUGACUUCUGUGUUGGAGCAUUGUUCGUGUUUCACUUACACUGAAAUAUUAGAAGCUAUGGCAAAAGAAUGCCUAAAGAACUGCUGCAAAGGGUGUUUCUACGUGGAGAAGGAAAAGAAUGACUCUUCCAUGGAGAAGGAAUCUGAAGCUGCAGCUGAAAACAGGCAAAGCAUUGUGGAGAAACCUCCAUUGUCUUCUGUGUCAGUGAAGCGUCAAGUUGGCUGUUCUGAGGAUUAUCUCCUUGCGAAACUGCCAUCAGAUGGCAAGGAGGUCCCAUUUGUGCUCCCUCAGCUUAAACUAGCUUACGUACAACCCAAGAACCUUGGCAGUUUGUCGCACGUUGGGGAAAUUCAAGGAUCUGCCAGAGCCUUUGUUAGUGACAGGAAAGCAGAACUUUCCAAUAUAUACCAGCAAGGGCCCCAUGGUGACGUGGUGUAUAAUCCAUUCUAUAGGCAGCAGCGUAUGUCACCGGAUCUGACUAGGCGCUUCCCAGAAAAAUCAGAUGUGAGAUUAUAUGGAUCAGUUUGUGAUUUAAGGAGUAACACACUUCCUGGAUCAGCUGGCUUAAGCUGUUCGCUGUUUGAUCUCACAAAUCCACCCCAUCGUGUCAUCCAGAGAUAUGAUUCAGUCUCCAGUGUACCCAGUAGUACCUCCUCGAAGAAGGAUUCACAAGGCAGUAACAGGAGCCUGGAUACCAUUACAUUAUCAGGUGAUGAACGAGACUUUGGAAGAAUGAAUGUGAAACUGUGUUAUGCUCCUUCUGCAGAACAGAUCUGGAUCACAAUCUUGCAUUGCAAAGAUCUGAGCUGGCCUUCUAGUUAUGGAGGAAAUCCUUAUAUCUCUGUCAAAGGAAUUCUGAUGUUGCCUAAGCCAGUGCAGUUCAAAUCUUCAGCCAAAGAAGGUUCCAAUGACAUUGAAUUCAUGGAAACCUUUGUGUUUACUAUCAAAUUGAAAAUUCUGCAGACUGCAAGACUGGUGUUUAAAAUCCAAACUCAGACUCCCCGAAAGAAAACAAUUGGAGAGUGUGCCCUGCCGCUACGAGAGCUCAAUUCACAGGAAUCGGAUCAUUGGUUGGAUAUAAUGCCGCCUUCCAAAGUUUCAGUGUGCAAAGCAGAACUUCAAAUAGGAACCUGUUUUCAAGCAAUAAACAGCAGGAUUCAGUUACAGAUUCUUGAAGCCCAAAGCCUCCCAAGCUCAUCCACACCGCUCUCUUUAAAUUUCUUUGUGAAGGUUUCAAUGUUUAGUACAGAAGGGUUGAUUUAUAAGAAAAAGACUCGUCUAUUGAAAUCCACCAAUGGCCAAGUGAAGUGGGGAGAAACGAUGAUUUUUCCAGUUAGCCCGAAUGAACAAGGAAUUAAUUUUCUCAUCAAACUCUUCAGCAGGACCUCAGUGAGAAGAAAACACUUCCUGGGACAGGUCUGGCUAAGCUCUAACAGCAAUAGUAGUGAAGCAGCAGAUCAGUGGAGAGAUACAAUCACAAACCCCGAAAAGGUAGUCAUUAAAUGGCAUAACAUAAAUCCAUCCUGAAGAUGUCAGAGAUUAAUUCAGUACUGAUAUGGACUUGCUUCAAGAAACUCCUGCACUCUUAAAAUGAACUAAUACAGAUGAGAAGAGGGAAAAUACUGCUUACUUGAAUGUUUCAGGGAGUCUGGACUUGCAUCACAUAUUGUUAACUGGAAUAAGCCAAAAGGAAAAGGGAUCAGAGCUUUCACAGAGUACUGCUGGCAAAAUACUGGUAUGAUAACAGCUGGGAAUUAGUGAAACUGUACACUGAAGUAAAGCACCACCUUGAGAAGUGAACUGUUGUUGCUGUAGUUUUUCCAAGAAGGAUUAUAUAAUAUAAUGUUUAUGUAAAUGUAAAGCAUAUUUUAAAAGGGGUGUGUGGAAUUGAGCAUAUGCCCUUUUGCAUUUUAAACUUCUUUAUAGAAGGCUCGAAAGGGGAGUUGUGUGUAUUUUUGGUUUUGGUUUGUUUUUUUUUCCAAAAGGAUUUCUCUGAACUUUUUAAGUAACAAUAGAAACGCAGUUCUCAUCUUCCCUGGAAAUGUCUAUCGAUGACUGGAGAACUGGCCGGAUUAUAUCUUUGAUACCAAGCAAGUGAAAUCAGACUGCAAGGGAAAGUGUUGUUAUAAACAGCCUGAACAAACUAUUUUUUCUAAGUAACUCCUGAAUAAACAGGAGAAAAGAUGCAACAUCACAACACUUCCAUUAAGGGUUGAGAAUGUUCCCAUCCUCCUGAGACUUUCACAAAACCAGGGAAAUGAAGACAUAAUAUUCUUGAUAUUUCAAAGACAACACAAAAGCAGCAGAAUUUAAAAAAUAAACAAACCCCUUUUAGGCCACUUUUUUUUUCUACUUUUUUAAGUAAAAGAGGCAACAAACAUUGUUUUCCUUGCAGAUUCUGUAACAAUGUUGGUAUCAAGUCUCUGAAAGCAGAAACUUGAUUCUGAUUUUUUCCCCAUUGUUCUCUGUCAUGUGAAGCCUUUAGUUGGGCAGGCUCACAUUGACAUCAGUGGGAGUCUGCCCACAUAUAUACUUCCCUUUUGGGGCCCCUUCAUUAAGAUCAAGAGGGUCGCAUGAGUUUUGACUCCAUUUGAACAGAAUGAAAUGAACAUCUCUACAAAUAAGCAAACUUCAGGGGGUAGAGCCUCAGCUGUGGCCUUGGAGCACUUAGCACAGCUAAGGAGUGGGGAACACACAGGGAUCCUGGGGUCAUCCCAAGCAGUAGUCAGAGCCCAAAGACUGCUCUACCUUGUGCCAGCUGGCAGCAGCCACAAAGAGCCAUUCCAGCAGCCAGGGAUAGUGGUGGGGCACAGAUCCUCUUUUCUCCCAGCUGCCUCUGCUAUUUUGACACUGUGACGGGUUGGAUCACAGAAACCCUCUUGGGAGCUGCCACGCGAGGUGUCAAAACUACUUCUACCCCUGCCAGCUCAGGGCCCCAGCACCCUGUCUUGCUGAGCCAGACACUCCCAUCUGCUCCAACAAAGACCCAGGGUCUGAAUUACUUGCCCCAAAGCUGCAGGUUUACCUGAAAGCAGCCAACAGAAGUGUUCUUGUAUUUAACACUCAGAUGCCCAACUCCCAGUGGGGUCUAAACCCAAAUAAAUCUUAUAAAGGGUAAACUCAUAAAUUGUCCGCCCUCUAUAACACUGAUAGAGAGAGAUGCACAGUUGUUUGCUCCCCCAGGUAUUAAUACAUACUCUGAGUUAAUUAAUAAGUAAAAGGUGAUUUUAUUAAAUACAGAAAGUAGUAAGUGGUUCCAAGUAGUAACAGAUAGAACAAAGUAAGUCACCAAGCAAAAUAAAAUAAAAUGCAUAAAUCUAUGUCUAAUCAAACUGAAUACAGAUAAUCUCACCCUUAGAGAUGCUUCAGUAAGUUUUUUCCUCAGACAGGACACCUUCCAGGCCUGGGCCCAAUUCUUUCCUCUGGUACAGUUCUUGUUCCAGCUCAGGUGGUAGCUAUGGGAUUCUUCAUGAUGGCGCUCUCUCUCCUCUUUGUUCUGUUCCACGCCUUUAUAUAUCUUUUACAUAAGGCAGGAAUCCUUUGUCCCUCUGGGUUUCCACCCCCCCUCCCUACUGGAAAAGCACCAGAUUAAAGAUGGAUUCCAGUUCAUGUAACAUGAUCACAUGUCACUGUAAGACCCCAAGCUUUCAUUCCUCGCAGCCUGACUCACAGGAAGGCUUGCCUGCAAACAGAGCCAGCCAGUCAGUUGUCCUGGUUGAUGAGAGCCAUUAAGAUUCCAAACCACCAUUAAUGGCCCACACUUCGCAUAAUUACAAUAGGCCCUCAGAGUUAUAUUUCAUAUUUCUCGUUUCAGUAACAAGAGCAAUACCUUUAUACAAAUAGGAUGACCACAUUCAGUAGACAAUAAGUUUUGUAUUGAUACCUUACAAGAGACGUUUUGCAUAAGGCAUAUUCCAGUUACAUUAUAUUCACUCAUUAGCAUAUUUUUAUAAAACCAUAUAGACUGCAAUGUCACAGACACAGGGAGUGGAAUAGUGCUGCAAGAGUUACUAUGGCUACUUUGUGCUGCACAAGGAUCUCCCUAUGCAGGCGAGGUACUGCAGGGGCUGGAUCUGUUUGCUUUAGGGCUGCUUUAUGCUGGUGGAAUGGGGAAAAGUGGCCAGAGCAAAGGCUGGGAUUGGGGCCAGUAUUUGUGGAUAAAUUUCUGCAUUUGUAUUUUUUAAAACAUAAACCACUUCCUAUCUAAUCAAUGAUGUUGUAGUGUUUACUUACAUUUUUUGAAAGCCAGACUAACCUGUACUGUGGAACGAGCAAAUAUUUACUGAUAUAGAAGUGCUUCUAAAAUGUUCAUUAGAACACAGCACACUGUAGGACUUGGGUUUUAUUUCAGAGGUAGGCCAAAAGUGAGAGAGAAUUUUAAUACAGCUAUAGACUCUGAAGAAUAACUAUUUGAGGUUCAUCUUCAGUGCACAU